AUGGAUGUUCAAAUCCUCUCAAAAGAGACCAUCAAACCCUUCACCCCAACCCCUCACCACCUCAAGACUUUCAAACCCUCCUUCAUCGACCAGACGUCCGUUCCGUUUUACAUUCCUUUAACCGUUUUCUACGAAACCCAACCCGACCCAGAAGACCGACCCACGACCCACAACCGUCUCAAGAGCUCUCUCUCAAAAACCCUAAACCGAUAUUACCCUCUCGCGGGCCGAAUCAAGGGCAUGUUUAGUGUCGAGUGCAAUGACAAGGGGGUUUCGUACACUGAAGCCAAAACAAAUUUCGCUCUCUCGGAAUUUCUAGAGAAACCCGACCUUAAUCUAUUGAACAAGUUCUUGCCGGUCGAGGCCAACUCGUUGGAGGAGGGGCUCGGUUUCCAGGUGGCAGUCCAGGUGUCAAUUUUUUCGUCCGGCGGGCUUGUGAUUGGGGCUUGCUUCUAUCACAUGAUUGCCGAUAUUAAGACGAUGUCCAAUUUUCUCAAGUCAUGGGCCGGCGCAACUCCUGCAGAUCUGCUGCCUUCCCCGGCGGAUUCGCCGGGCACCUUGACGGUGGACAUCCCAAGGCCACACGAUUCGGCCCCUAUUUAUGUUGAGGCCCGGUUUCUCGGUCGAUGGAGCUCGGUUGGCCGGGACCGACGGGAUCUCGCGACUCCAUGGCUGCCUUUUCGGUCUUCUUCUCCUAUGGUGCUUGGGAGGAGAGGAUGGCCGGCGUGCCGAGCCCGAGCCGUGGUGUGGAUUGGGCUUGGAGAGGCGGUGGUGUGUCUUGGGUUCUACCGCCCUCCUCUGGCUGAGGGGUUAGGACGAUUGCUGGGCGCGAGAUUAGGGGUUCGGUUUCAGAUCUGGUUAGGCCUAUGCUGCAGUUUCUGGGUUUGCAAUCAAGACCUUGAUCUUUGUGGGCUCACAAGCGAUUCAGACCCAAAAAAUUACGACGCCGUUGACCUAGAAUUAGGCGCCACCCUUUUCCCGCCGCUGCCGUCGUUCCCCGCCGAUUACCUGUCCAACAAGGCGAGGCACUUCUUCUCCGACGGCCGGGACCACCACAUCACCAGAAGGUUCGUCCUCACCCCCACCGCCAUCGCCGCCCUGAGGGAGAAGGCCGCCAGCGCUGCCGUCCCCCGACCGUCGCGCGUGGAGGCCCUCACCGGCUUCAUCUCCGGCCGAAUCGUCGCCGGCCUGGGGAAGCCGGCCGUCGUCAGCCACGCCGUGAACAUCCGGCGGCGGUUCGAGCCGCCGCUGCCGGAGGCCGCCUUCGGGAACUUCACAUGGUUCGCUGCGGUCGUCUGUGGCCCGCCGGAGGAGGGGGAGGGGCCCCGGAUUCCGGACCACGUGGCGGCGAUGAGGGAGGCGCUGGACGCGGUCCACGGCGAGGAUCUGCGGGCGGUGGGGCCGGAGUCCGCCGCGAGGGUGCUGAACGAGAAUUUGGGGCUUGUGGUGAAGGCGGGGAUUAGGGUUUACAAGUUCUCGAGCUGGUGUAAUAAUGGCUUCUACGAUCUGGACUUUGGGUGGGGGAGGCCCAUGUGGGUGGCCCACAUGGGUGACGCGGGCCGGGCCCGGACCAAGUACCAGCUGAUGUUUUUGGAAGGGAGGAACUGCGGGGAGAUUGAGCUUUGGGUGCUGUUAGGCGAGGAUGAGAUUGGUAUUUUGGAUAAUGAUGAGGAGUUUCUCGAAUUUGCAACGCCAAAUCCUAGUAUUUUGGUGAAAAAAUAG